CCCAUGAAGUCUUGAUAUGGAAUCGUCUGCCAUGAAGAGUCAGUCAGGUCCUCACCAAUGCCUUCUACGAUAACAACAUGCGCUCCUUGGACCCUGAAUGUCGCCUCGUGAUGCUUGUAGCUUGACAGUUGGUUUGAAACUAUGCCUCCAUCGCAGAUAACAUACCCUUCCUCUUCGGGACUUGGCAAUCGAUUUCGGCUGCAACGUUGCAGCUGGGCCCUUGAUCUCACACGGACGUCUACAAGUGAUCCAUAACGCAUAGCCGGCAUCGAUGGUCAGGAAGACAGACUAACAUGGCAGUCAGAAGCAAAGACGACAACCGGCCCAUCUCAUCCGAACACUGCGCUGAUGAACACUCUCUGCACGUUUCGUGCCAAUCACUUACGCGUCCUUUGAAUCUCGUCUGUUAGGUUAUUCUCGAAGUCAGUCCCUGGAUGGUUCUGCACAAUUUUGCUUCAGCAGCGAGCGUUUUAUUUGAACGUAAUGGUCCAACAUAUUCACGAUAUGACUGCACAAACCCGAGCACUGAGUGGAGAAAUAUCAGAUGCAUCGCGGGAAUAUUUAAAAUGUCUGCGUAUUGCAUUCACUCGUUUCUUCGCUCGGGAUGGCAAACAAGAUGCGCCUAUGCAUGCAUUUGGCACUAGAAAUAUAUAGUCGAAUGAUAAUGGUGAUCCGUACAGCGGACACCAUCUCUGUGACACUUGCUGAAACUAACAAUAAUCUCAUCCGCGUUUUCUCACCUGGUAGGCUAGUUUGGGACUCAUUGUCUUCGCCUCGGAUCUAGCCCACACUAUUCUCACACUCGAGACCCAAGAAAAGUACAUGUGAACGUAUGCUUUUGGAAUUUCUGUAGCAUCGUAUCUCACAUCCCAUCGCCCCUGGGGCCUCAGUAUCUGGUCGCAUCGACGCUAUGUCUAUGUUCGGGUGCGAGCACUUUGGAUUAUUCGGAUACGAAUACUCACUAUGUCAUCCGAUUACCCCAAGUGCCAACUUCAGCAGCUGACGCUUGAAUUAAUCCUUGCUGUGUACGCCACUACAGACGACAUCGCCGCCGUCGAUGAUAAAGAUAGCAACCAAGACUCUUACUGCCCAUCAAUGUGCCUAUCACAUAAUCCUGUCUGAUCGAAACAUUUCUCGGAGGGUAUUCCUGUCCUAUGGACGCCUACACAGGGCCCAACUAUCUCACUGCGUACCCCCAUUGUCUAUGGUCAAACCCGAUGUCACAUCCAUUUGCUAACGUCCAGUAUUUUCGGAGCUCGUUGGACUCGGACUCACUGGACUCUCAGGAACAAAAACAGCUAGGGCGUCGAACGGACAAUCGACAUGGCGUAUUCCCAGAUUCUCGAUUACAACACCUAUACUCCACUGCGUCUGUUUCUGAGCUCGGGACGCUUGGACGCAACGCCUCGCUGGCUGGGUCUUCGUCCGAUGCUUCAUUUUCCCCGCUUCAUAGGAAACCCACUAUGACCUCUUCGGUAGAUACGCAGCCCUCUGUCAUGGACACCGGGCAAGAGAUGGCAGCAUUUUCGUUCGGAAACGCUUCUGCAGGGCAUUUCGUGAAACACUCGAGUAAUAUCACGUUGCUGUUGAGCGGUCAAGACGAGAAUGUGCCAGAUCCGGUGUAUUCUACUGGCGGUUCUAUCGUUGGCCUCAUAGCGGUUGCUAGGCCUUCUAAUCUCUUAUCUUUGGAAGUUAAGGUCGAAGGUCAUAUGAAGCUUAGAGAAGAAGCGAGAGGGGGUACCUUUGACGGGAACAUCAUCAAUGAAACGCUUUACAUUUGGGAUUCAGAGCGCGACGCUAUGUUUCCGUCAAAGGUCAACUUCCGAUACACACUGCCGAGUCAUUACACCAACGGGAUAACCGGGGAAAAGUCCAGACUACCUCCGACCUUUCAUGCGCAUGUUCUGGGCAUACUAGGGUUCGACCUAAAUAUCUCCUAUGGCAUCUACGUAUACAUCAGACGUAGACGUGAUAGAGUCGAUUGGUGGCGAAAGGACAAACGGCUCUGCAUUCCAUUCCGUUACAAGGAGCUCACUCGGCCUGCACAUGCAGUUCCGUUUCCACCACCAUCACCGACGACUAAGAAUCCUAAUAGUCCAAAGACCCUCUUUAAAUUUGUAUUGCGGUCUCGUUGGCGAGAUCACAAUGAUGUUGUGGUACACGUCUUCUUACCGCGUUCGCGCGUAUGCGCACUCAAGGAAGCGAUUCCAUUCGUCAUCACCCUACUUGGUGAUGAAGAUUCCCUCGCACCGUUCUCCUCGUAUCACCCAUCUCUGUCAUCCUUUCAUCCACUUUCACAUAUUCGUUCCAUAACCAGCUCAAUCCAGACGCGACUCGUUCCUCGAGCAGUCCCACCACCGAUACAAGUACAACUGUCAAGACGUACAUCCAUUGAUGCAUUGGCUGCUGGAAUGCCUAUCGCGGAAAAGAGAAGUCAUCUGGGCUUUACCAAACCUAUAGGACAAGGUGUUAUCCACAGUUCAGAACGUGGCACAAGUUCAAUGAAAUGGUCGGGAUCCUUUGUAAUCCCUCCCUCUGUAACUAUAGGUGGCUUCACCAUGAGUGGAGUCAAAGUUUCGGAUUCAGUUGUACUGUCAAUCAUACCACCUGAUUGCGCACGUUCAUGCUUCGCCCCAUUCAGGGAGAGUGUGCCCGUACGACUCACUACGGAAUCGCAUGAUUGCCCUGCUGCUGCUAUCAUUGUAUCUGACUGAGAAUAGCUUCCACGGCUGGCCAGACAUCUAGAUGGACAGGGUUAUAUAUCAACGUGCGCAUGGCUAUGCUAGUUUGAGAUCGGACGGAUGCUUUUUAUCAUGCACAAUUCUAGUGAAUAGCAAGAGGGAAAGUUAACGGUCGGAGUGCUCAAACAGUGCAGAUCUACAAGGUUGCGGUUGCGGGUAUGGACAGCUACAUUUGAACAGGAGCAAUGAUCAAUCGAGCUGUACCUCGCGAAUCUAUUCCUCAGUUAACGAGAUAAUCCGUCCCUC